AACACUCACGAUACGCGCGCGCCCUCGAGUGAAAGAAGAAUCAAUGGAGGUCAUUCAUUGCAUUUUUGUGCAUUUCAUACGACCGAUAACAAAUUGUUGAAUCGAAAAGUUACAGUUGUGAGUGAAAGUUUAAUUAGGGUUGGUGUAAUGUGUGUUUCUGACGAGACAAAAUGUAGUAAAGUGUCCUUUCUAAAAAAACAAUCAUAUUGCCGUAUGUCAAAAUAAAGGUGGUCAGCAAGCGACUAUUUUCUAAAAACGUAACCAUGGCAGAUCAGUUUUGUUUACGUUGGAACAAUUUCCAGACCAAUAUAGUGAGUGCAUUGGACUCAUUGAAGUGUUCUGAGGAUUUGGUCGACGUGACACUUACAUGCGAAGGAAGAAAUAUCAAGGCUCAUAAAGUUAUACUGUCAGCCUGCAGUCCGUACUUCAGGAAUGUGUUCAAGGAAAAUCCAUGUCAGCAUCCAGUGAUCAUCCUCAAAGAUGUAUCUGCCGAUGACAUUGUCAGCUUGCUAUCGUACAUGUACCAGGGAGAAGUGUUCAUAGAAGAGAGCAAGCUGUCUUCAUUCCUCCAUACGGCAGCCCUGCUGCAAGUUAAAGGAUUAACUGGAGUAACUCAACAGAAAGAAAACUUUAUAUCCCCAAACACAUCAAACAAACUUUAUACACAACUGACAAUAUCCUCAAAAACACAAUUUGGUGCUUCAAGCAAAGAAGUAAAAAUCCCCGCUCUAAAGAAAAGGAGGAGCAGUACGUCUGAUAAACCUAAUGACAUCGGAGAGAGUCACAAAAAGAGUAAAUUAUUAGAAACUUGUGAUAUUUACAAUAGGAGUAAUCUAUCACAUUUAAUGGUAGAGAAUCCGGUUUUUGUAGCUGAUAAAAAAGUUGAGAAGAAACCUGAAAACUGCCCGGAACCCAUCAUAGCUAACGGGAAAACCUCUAAACUGAAUCAGGCUCAAGGUGACAACAUUCCUUUAUCAAUAAAAACAGAGCAGAUUGAUGACAACAAUUCACCCAUCUCAGUGCCCACAAAUACCUCUGAAAAUGAUGACAGUCUUCCAGAUUAUGAAAACAGUAUGCUUGCCAGGUCCUUGCUUCAAGGAAUUAACCCAUCUAAAAGUGAUAUCAGUGCCAAUAACAAUUCAACAACUAAGAAAGUGUCAAACAUAGCAGAUAUGUGUACGUCGCGAAGUAAGGAUACAAAUAACGAAUCUCCACCAACCAAUCUUGCAGCAAAGAGCCCUCUAAAAGUACCCGGAGAAGACAUUUUAGUGAAACCUGAAAAACAAUCACCGAAGUCAGAUAUUGAGUAUGAACCGGAAAUAUUGCUGUCAGAGCAGCAAGACAGUACAGAUGCAGAAAACACAUUCUCACAGGAACAAUCUCAAGCAUUACUAUUACUGGCAGGCAUGUCAAGUGUCACCGGAUUAUCCGUAGGUGCUUCAACUUCACAGGGAGUCUCCCAUCAGUCAAACCAUGCCGCUAUCUGUGGUGACUGUCCACAUUGCGGCAUGAAGUAUUCUAACCAAUCUGCGCUUAAAUACCAUGUCAGGCUUAUGCACUCUGACUUAACCAAUCGUCUUUGCUGCUACCUUUGUCCCAGGUCUUUUACAAUGCGAGAGACGUUUAAAGAACACAUGUGGUCUAGCCAUGGACAAAGAAAUUAAAUUUUACUAAUGCAAGUAAAAAAAUGGAUAAAGUACACUAUAAAAUAUCUACAUUAUGUAGAGAAUAUCUUAUUUAAGAUUUUGGAUUUAAUUCCAAACAAUAUUAAAAUAUGUAAUGUUAGUUAUUUAUGGUGGUUACUAAGGAUUCAAGUGUGCCUUAAAGUUGUGUAGUUGUAUUCAGAGUGUAUCAAAUUAAAUGUGCCUUUUUGAAAAUAAAUUUGCCGUCCUACAUUUAACGGAAGACACUUUAUGUUAGUGUAAGCAAUUUUACAUACCAUUUGGCGAAAAAUUGGGAUAAACCGAUACCUUUAUUUGAAAUUUAUCAUUUAUUAGCCUUUAAAACACUUAGAUUAAGACAGAUUCAUCGUUAUAUUGUUAAUUUAUGGAAACAGUCACUUUAUUUGAUUAUUUCUAACUAGUUUUUUCACUUUUACCAUAAAAUGUAUGUUGGGAGUAACUUUAGAAAAAAAAAUGUGAGGUGUAAAUAACAAAACAAUGAAAAUAUUCUGGUUAGUAAUUGGUGCUAAUAAUACAAUGAGAUUAAGUAUCGCAAAAUGGGGUGCUCUAAAAAAAUGGGGAUUUUUUUAAAAUGGGGAUGCAGCUGUAUUAAGCUUAAUCAAGCUAGAUGAACCUAGAGUUAAUGAAUUUAUUUGCUCUAGAUGUGUCUUGGGCCGCUUGCCGCGCACGUUUUAUAUAGAAUCAGUGCUUCAGUAUUGGCGACAUAACAAACAAGCCUUUUUUCGAGGCGACCUGAAUGUUUAUCAAAAAAACAUUAAAAAUAUGUAUGUAAGUAAUCGAAUUUAAACUGUUGUGAGACUUACUAAUAUUGAAUUAUUUUACAUUUUAGACGUUUCACUUGUUUUUAGUCACUCGCGCGACAUGUUUCGGAGAGCCUAAAAACAAGUGAGUCUAAACCGAAAAAUUAUUCAAAUUUAUGUAUGUACUUUCAAGCAUUUGGUUGAAACUAUUAGAGCUCAUAGUCGCCCCAUUUAAUGAUACAUUUAUGUUUUCAUGUAACUAAGUGUGCCUAUACGUAGCCGAUGUCAAAUAUCUAAAUUGUAUUUUGAAUAGUUCUCAAAAGCGAAAUAAACUUUUGAAACUCACAACAAGUUUGUGAUAUUAUUAGGAGUAAGGAACAUGUAUCGUUUUUAAAUUUAAAGUGCUUAAAAUUAGUAUGACCAGUAUUGAGAAACAGUCAGGAUAAGAGCUACACGAAAACAGUGAGAAAAAAAACUUUAUUACCCCAAAUAGAUGUAAGAUUUCAUUUAGUUCUAUUUAGAUACCUAAUUUAUUAUUUAUUUGUUUAACCUUGGCUCCAAGGGUUGAUUUAGUUGUUUCGUUUUGAAAUGAAGUAAAUUCAGGACGUUUAAGGUGGAAAGCCACAUAUUUUCUGUUCCAUAUUCCUAUUUGAUUUCAGGGCCUAUUUUAAAAGGAUGUUGUAUUUGUGUUUUUGUAUGCAAUAGGGCUGUUGUUGUUAUUUGAGACAGACUAAAUUAUUAUUUCGAAUUUUAUUACGAAUAUAAAAAUAAUAUUGGUUUUAUAAACUUUAUGUUACAUUUUUUUUACUGGCCCCCUAAGAAUUGCCUCUGUUAGUUUGUGCCAAACUAAUAUUGCAAAAUAAUUUAGUAAAAUGUUAUUAUUGCGUAACUUAUUGCUAAUUACAUUAUUUUGGUAGUUGUUAAAAGAUUAUGAGGUAAUUUAAAUGUCGAAUUGUUUUGCUUAGUGUUGAAAUUUUCUUGUUUCUCGUUUCAAUUUAUCUUUGAAUAUCUAAUUUUAAAUAAAUUUACUAUUUUAUUUGAAUUAAGGUCGAUCGAAGUAAUUGCAGCCGUAUGGCAAAUGCACCUACUCUAGUAUUACCUACAAAUAGCGCCCAUGGUGAAAGUGCCUCCAACAGUUCCCAUCUUAAUUUUAUUGCUAGAAUAGGAGCAUUUACCUCUUCGUUGCAUUUACUUCCGUUGGCCAUAAAUGCCUUAGUGAAAUAUAAUAGAUAUUAUAAGAAUCUUAAAUAAAUGUUACAGAACGAAUAUUUAUAAGUCUAUAAAAUAGUUCUAUCGUAAAACUAUAUUUAAUAUAUUUACGUUAAUGUAAUAUUGUUAAAUAUUUUAUUCAAAACUUUACAAAAUUUACAUUUUGACUAUGUUAUAAAAAAUAAAUAAAAAUGAUCGCUUCUUA